UUUGCAGUCGGAGGUAUCGCAAAUUUGUACCAAUAUACUCAUUGCUAGAACAAAGACAUUGAUUUUUCGAUUGUCCGUGUGCAGAGAUGAACGCGCAGCAUCCUCAGGACUUCAACUGCCGGUCUUGUGCAGGGUGUCAUAAUUAAGACUCGAUUAGAAGCAGUAGUGGACGAUCAGUACUAGUAAAUAUUAAUGCGUUGUAGAAAUUGGUUCGCAUUUAUUUACUAAAUUGAUACGAUGUUAGUUGAUACCAACCUGCGUGAUAGGCUUGGCAAAAAUGAAUAAAGACGACGACUUCUUUCUCAUACAUAUCAAUAGUAAGAAGAUGUUGAUUGAACUGAAUGACUGAGAAGAUUUUUGAUCAUUGUGAAGAAUUAUGAUUUUUUCAUGUGUGACAGCCAGCUAUUUGAGCUUGAGACCGUUAUGAAUUCGCUUCUGAUGUUGAUUUCAGUUCUGAAUCAACCAUCGUAAUCUUUAUUUUUACAACGGUACACACCAGCUGAUGUUUGAAGAUGGUAAUCAAUUUGGAUCUCCCCGUGAUCUCGUUGUCCAUGAUGUAUAGUUUGUUGUGUUUGACUGUUUCAUCUUGACAAUGGUUACUGAAGACCAUUUGAGAUGCAUGGAUGACGAAAGACCUCUACUCGUCUAGGAAAGACCUCUACUCGUCUAAGAUCUAGACGAGAACCCAUCCUUUUUCUCCAUCUCCCUCAAGGUCAAGAAGAGUGGCGGCAUGCACUCUCCCCUGAUGUAUAGUAUCUAUGUCGGAUCGAUUGGUAAAUUAUUUUGCCGCAUGUUGGGAGUAUUCCUUUACUGUUGUUUGUCGCCUGUGUUUAUGUGAUGCUGCUUCGGACUUAAUAGCCACUCGCUGC